UUCACCACUACUCCUUUCCAUGGCUCCCUUCACUCUGAUCAUCAUUCAUUCAUUCUUAAACAAUUAUUAAUUCUUAUAAUUUACCCAACAGACCCAUUACCCAAAUUCCCUCCCUCCCCUCUCUCUGUCUGAACAAAAUGUCUGCACCAUCUUGUUUCUCACUUGAACCAAUCUUUCUCCGCCCAAACACACCCACUAACAAGCUCAGGUUUUCGAUACCCAGACGAAAUGUUAUCCGAAAAUCGGGUAAUUACCCGGUGGGUAUUCGAGUUCGGGUUCAGGCUAGUAGGAAGGAGGAAGUGAUUGUAAUUGAGAAAGAAGAUGGAAAGAUAGAUAUUGGUGGAAAUGGGAAUGGUAGUUUUGGUAAAUAUGUUAAUGGAAAUGGGACUGUUGGUAGUGGUGAAAAUGGGAGUUUGAUGAAAUAUGUUAAUGGGAAUGGAAAUGGUGGGGUGAAGAGUGUCGGUGAAGUUGUCGAAAAGAAAACGAAUAAGAAGAAGAAGACUAUCGAGGAGAUUGGUCAAGAAGAUGCUUGGUUUAAGCAAAAAUCAAAGGGGAAAGUUGAGGUAUCUGUUGCUCCUGGUGGACGGUGGAACAGAUUCAAAACUUAUUCAACCAUUCAAAGGACUUGUGAGAUAUGGGGUUUUGUUCUAACGUUUCUUUUUAAAGCCUGGUUCAACAAUCAGAAAUUUGCAUACAGAGGGGGUAUGACGGAGCAAAAGAAGGUUGAAAGGCGGAAAACACUAGCCAGAUGGUUGAAAGAAAGUAUUUUAAGAUUAGGCCCUACAUUCAUUAAAAUCGGUCAGCAGUUUUCUACAAGAGUGGAUAUUCUUGCACAAGAAUAUGUUGAUCAGUUAUCAGAACUUCAGGAUCAAGUUCCUCCUUUCCCAUCGGAAACUGCCGUUUCAAUUAUUGAAGAAGAGCUUGGAGCCCCUGUUAAUGAAGUCUUUGAUUACUUCGAUUUUGAACCAAUAGCCGCAGCCAGUCUUGGUCAAGUACAUCGAGCAAGAUUGAAGGGUCAAGACAUUGUUGUUAAAGUACAAAGACCGGGUCUCAAGGAUCUUUUUGAUAUUGAUCUUAAAAAUCUGAGGGUAAUAGCAGAAAAUCUUCAGAAACUUGACCCCAAGUCAGACGGUGCAAAAAGAGAUUGGGUUGCUAUCUAUGAUGAGUGUGCUAAUGUCUUGUAUCAGGAAAUUGAUUAUACAAAAGAAGCUGCAAAUGCUGAAUUGUUUGCAAGUAACUUCAAAAAUCUAGAUUAUGUAAAGGUCCCAAGUAUCUAUUGGGAAUACACCACCCCACAGGUUCUCACCAUGGAGUAUGUCCCAGGAAUCAAGAUCAACAGGAUACAAGCUUUAGAUCAAUUAGGUGUUGAUCGCCAAAAACUGGGAAGAUAUGCUGUUGAAUCAUAUCUAGAGCAGAUUCUGUCCCAUGGUUUCUUCCAUGCCGACCCCCAUCCUGGUAAUAUAGCUGUUGAUGACGUCAAUGGUGGAAGAUUGAUAUUUUAUGAUUUCGGAAUGAUGGGGAGCAUAAGCCCAAACAUCAGAGAAGGUUUAUUGGAAGUCUUUUAUGGAGUUUAUGAGAAGGACCCCAAUAAGGUUCUUGAAGCAAUGGUUCAAAUGGGCGUGCUUGUUCCUACCGGAGAUAUGACAGCUGUCAGACGAACUGCACUGUUCUUCCUUAAUAGCUUCGAAGAACGUCUUGUGGCACAAAGAAAAGAAAGAGAGUUGGCAACACAAGAACUUGGAUUUAAGAAACCACUGAGCAAAGAGGAAAAGAUAGAGAAGAAAAAGCAGCGUCUAGCUGCAAUUGGGGAGGAUUUAUUGGCAAUUGCAGCAGAUCAACCUUUCCGAUUUCCUGCUACUUUCACCUUUGUUGUUAGAGCUUUUUCAGUGUUAGAUGGCAUUGGGAAAGGUCUUGACCCUCGUUUUGAUAUUACUGAAAUCGCUAAACCCUAUGCUCUGGAACUGCUUAAGUUUCGUGAAGCUGGUGUUGAAGUUGUCAUUAAGGACUUAAGAAAUAGAUUGGACAGACAAUCACAAGCAUUCUACAACUUAUUUAGACAAGCUGAUAGGAUUGAAAAACUUGUUGGAGUUAUCGAACGAUUGGAGCAAGGUGAUUUGAAGUUACGAGUUCGGGCAUUAGAGUCUGAGAGGUCUUUUCAACGUGUUGCUGCAGUUCAGAAAACAAUUGGAAGUGCUGUUGCUGCUGGAAGUCUAGUCAACCUGGCAACUAUUUUACAUCUUAAUUCGAUCAGAGGUCCUGCUAUGAUAUCAUAUUUCUUUUGUGCAUUUUUUGGCUUCCAAGUUCUCUUCGGCCUGCUUAAGGUGAAAAAACUUGAUCAGCGAGAGAAAUUGAUUACUGGAACGGCUUAAACAAAUUAUUUAAAGAGUAAAUAGUUUCGUGCUCUCCUUCUUGUUGCAAGUUCACGACCCUAACCUCCAAAAAGAAGCUACAAAGUUUUGUAGAAAAUGAUCUUUCCGAUAAGCAUUCCUGCUCCCAUUUAGUGAUCUUCUGUGAAAGACUGUAGGCUGGUUGAUACCCACAUGAAUAUUAAGGUAUCAUGAAAUAUUCUUCAAUACUAUUUUACACUAGUCAAGGCUACUUUUUGUUGGUCGUUGAAGCUAUCGAGCCAAAUUUCUUAAACUUGUACCAAGUCCAUAGAGGGUUAAUACUCGGGAUGUGACUUCUCAUAUUCGACUGUCACAAUUCCUACUGUAGAUAUGUAUCUCCGUAAGAAAAGGACCUGGUUUUGACCAUGGUCAGUUUUCUAUGAUCGGUAAGUGUAAUGUAAUCAGUGUAAAAGUCUAACAGCAACAUUUAGAUGUUGAAAAAGAUGUAUGAUGAAUUCCUUUUUACAGUAUUA